AUGCGGGCGCAUCGCCUGCUGUCGGCGGCGAGAUUGCGGCGCAGGGCGCCGGACGAAAUGGCGCGCUGGGCGGCUGUGAGGGCGGCGGAGCUGGCAGGGAGUCCGAUGCGCCCGGCAGCCCGGGUGCUACGGUUCGUGAUGCCGGUGCCUUCCUUCAACGUGAUCAACGGUGGCAGCCACGCGGGCAACCGCCUCGCCUGCCAGGAGUUCAUGAUCUUGCCAGUGGGGGCCUCCACGUUUAAGGAGGCCAUGACCAUCGGCGCCGAAGUGUACCACAACUUGAAGGGGGUCAUCAAGAAGAAGUACGGCCAAGAUGCCUGCAACGUCGGGGACGAAGGCGGCUUCGCGCCCAGCGUGCAGGACAACGACGAGGCGCUGGACGUGCUGAUGGAGGCGAUCAAGAAGAGUGGGCACGAAGGCAAGGUGAAGAUCGGCACCGACGUGGCCGCCUCCGAGUUCUUCAAGGCCGACGAGAAGGUCUACGACCUGGACUUCAAGCAGGAGGGGGGCGGCGCCCCGGAGAUGAAGAAGAAGGUUCCGGAGCUGAUCGCGUACUACAAGAGCUGGCUCUCCAAGUAUCCCUUCGUCUCCAUUGAGGACCCCUUCGACCAAGACGACUGGGAUGCCUACAAGGCCUUCAUGGCGGAAGUGGGCAAGGACACCCAGAUUGUGGGGGACGACCUGCUGGUGACCAACCCCAACCGCAUCAAGAAGGCCUUGGAGGUGGGCGCUUGCAACGCGCUGCUGCUCAAGGUGAACCAGAUCGGCUCCAUCACGGAGGCCAUCGAGGCUGCCAACAUGUCCAUGGACAACGGCUGGGGCGCAGAGGUGUUCAACUUGGACGGUGUUCUUUUCACCGUGGGUGCCAACGGCGAGAGGGAGCUGGCGGCGAACGAAGAGGUCGGCGACAUCAAGUGGGCGGACCUCCCGGCCAAAAUGAAGAUCACGGACUCAGUUAAGAAAAAGGUCCAAUUCCUUGACAUCAUCCAUGACUUCGAGGGCCCUUGCAAAUGGGAUAUCAUCAAGCACAUCAAGUUUGUGGACGGCGCCAAAAUCCCGCACAACACGAUCAUCCGGAUGUGCCAGGGCACACAGCUGGAGAUUGACUACCAGCAAAAAUUUAGAGAGGGAGGACGAGCGUUCCAGUACAUGUUGGAAGGUCUGGGUGGCUUCCAGAUCCCGUAUGUCAAGCUCAUCCCAGCCGGCAGUGGGAACAAAGUGCCAGAAGAGACUGAGGACAUCAGGAAAGGAUUUGAAUUCAUCCGGACGAACGGGCCAGAGGAGAACUGCAAAGGCCAGUUCACCUACUGGACGGAGGAGCAAGUCAACGAUCCCAAUGGGCCUUUGCACAAGUGGGACAAAGGAACCAUCAAGGAAUACUUGCGGUGCCUAGCCGACCAGAGCUCUCAAGACAAGCAGGAUGAGCCCAGCUUCCAGACAUGCAACCACUUGGACUAUUUCAGGAAGGAGAAGGGGAGGCGCACUAAGCCCAGGGUCUUUGAUGAUGGCAACCUCAACCUGGAACACCCCGCAUCCGUGAAAGCUGUCACAGAAGUCGAUGGCAUCGAUCGGAAGACAAUGGCCAGGUACAACGCAUCAUCCUAUGAGAAGAACCAGCUUUGCCAGGUGUGCAGCAACCUCUUUGAUCGCUCAGUGGAGCCUCCCAUGGCUGCGAAUGUGACAUCGGACACUGUGCCCUUCGAUGUGUUCUUCAAAAUGGUCCGCUCCUCGUUUCACAAAGAGUUCGAUGAAGAAGACCUCAUCGGUGUGUUCAAGCGAUCCGUCUUUGUUGUCUUCACCGACAUUGGGAUCUAUCUGAGGCUGCCAGGCGCCAAGCGCAACCCCGUGAGCCGCCAAACCAAGACAAAGGCGGACCUGCAGUGGAGCCUGAAUCUCCUGCAGGCUGCACUCGCUGGCGAAGACGUGCCAUGCUGCACGGAAACGCUUGGCGCAGAGAUCUUUUCUGGAAGGCGGUGCCUCACGGAAGGGCGGCCCACCCUGGCGGGCAUAGACGGCACUACUACGUGGUGCUUCCAGGGAUCUGAUAAGGCCAAUGCCCAAGAGCCGCCCAUGAAAAAGCUCCGGUCCGUCAAAGCCUCUUCCGCUUUGCUCACUUGUAAGCCCGAGCUCAAGGACCAGUCUGCAGAGCCCAAGGCUGAGGUACCGAUCAAGAAGGAGCCCAUGGCCGAGUUCAUACCCUUCCGUCGCCUACCUGGACGUGCCCUGACCAUCAACAUCUCUGACUCAUCUGAAGCCCCAUCCGCAUCGGCUCCUGUGCCUCCUGGCGGUGAUGCCACUUCCACGCCCGACCACAAAGAGGAGAGUGCGCCACCUUCACCAUCUGGCCAAGUUGAGGUUGGCAAUGUUAUGGUGGACCACAUGGAUGCCGAAGCCAUGGAUGUUGUCGACCCUAUGGAUGAGAUUCCAGGUGAUGAUGAUUUCCAGCGAUGCCUAGAACUCGCCGUGGACCAGGCGCUCGAGAAAGAGGGCUCAAAGUGA